CUUCGAGGCCGCCAUUAUCAUUGAGUGUUGUGUUCGCGUUUCAGCCAACGAAACUAAAACCCUCUGUUUAACAAAAAAGAAACUAAAACGCUAUUGCGUUUCGUCAAUCGUUCCAUUUGAAACCCUAAAACCCCCCAAAAGGAUCCUGAUAAUUCUGUCAGCAAAUUUGCAUUUUUCUCAAUAAUUUCCCUUAUAGUAUCCAUGGAAUUGUCUUCUGCGACUCUCCAAACCUCUUGCUCUUUAAGAACCCCCACCCUCGCUACCAGAGCCCCUUCUAUCUCUUUGGUCAGAAACUCAGCUCCAAUUUCCCUUUGUUCCUCUUCUCGAACCAAAGCUUGUCGGUUGGUGAUUAAUCCGCUCAGGCGGCGACGUUCCACUGUUGCUGCUGUUGUUGGUGACACAACUGCUGUACCAAAUGAUUGUAGUGGAGGGCAACAGUUAUCGGUUUCUGGUUCUUCCGGUCCCUUGCCGGUUCGGGAUGAGGAGGAUGGUGUUGAGGGCUUGGAUGACGGCAAAAUGGUCCGAGUAUGUGACAAGCUGAUCGAGGUUUUCCUGGUCGACAAGCCCAAUCCGACCGACUGGAGAAGGUUGUUAGCUUUCAGCAAGGAGUGGAGCAAUUUACGGCCUCAUUUCUAUAAGCGUUGUCAGGACCGAGCGGAUAGUCAGGAUGAUCCAGGAAUGAAGCACAAGCUACUCCGGCUUGGAAGGAAGCUAAAAGAGAUUGAUGAAGAUGUGCAAAGGCACAAUGAGCUUCUUCAAGUGAUCAGAGGAUCACCAUCAGAGAUUAGCGAAGUUGUUGCCAGACGCCGUAAAGAUUUCACCAAAGAAUUUUUUGUACAUCUUCACACAGUAGCUGAAUCCUACUAUGACAAUCCAACAGAGCAAGAUUCUCUGGCAAAGCUAGGGAAUACGUACUUGGCUGCUGUACAAGCACAUGACACUGCAACUGAAAGUAUUGAAGCACUAAAUGCUGCGGAGUUGAAAUUCCAAGAUAUUAUCAACUCUCCUUCUUUAGAUGCUGCUUGCAGGAAGAUAGACAAUUUGGCUGAGAAAAAUCAACUCGAUUCAGCAUUGGUGUUGAUGAUCACAAAGGCUUGGUCUGCUGCGAAGGAGUCGAACAUGACGAAAGAUGAGGUAAAAGACAUAUUGUAUCAUUUAUACACGACCGCUAGGGGUAAUCUCCAGAGGAAUAUGCCAAAAGAGAUUCGUAUAGUUAAGUAUCUUCUCACAAUUGAGGAUCCCGAGGAGCGGCUGUGUGCCUUGAAAGAUGCAUUUACUCCAGGAGAAGAACUUGAAGGACAUGAUGUAGACUGCCUAUACACGACGCCAGAGAAUCUGCACACCUGGAUAAAGGCAGUGGUGGAUGCGUACCAUUUCAGCAGGGAAGGUACACUUAUAAGAGAAGCUAGGGACCUGAUGAAUCCUAAGAUCAUUGAAAAAAUGGAGGAACUUAAAAAGAUAGUUGAAAAUAAAUUCAUGUGACGUGGAGCUCAAGUUAUACUUUCUCAGAAGCUGUUUCCUACGUCCCUUGUUCUAAUUAUUUUCAAGCAUAAAUUCCAAGCCCAGUUUUGGUGUUUCCUGGCUUUGCAGUCUGUCCAAGGCAUUAUGCGUGGGGGCUUAGAGAUGAAUAGCAUGUAAACCCAAAGUAUUACGUUUAUCUGCAUAGAAAAUUUUGGAAUCACAGGAUCACCUGUACUUUGAAGCUUCAGACAUUGGAUAGAUAUUCUUAAUCAUUUGUUAGGUUGAUUGUGCUCUA